AGUCUCUGCGGACAGCUGCGAGACCCGAAGCAGCCUCGGGGGCGUCCAGCCAGCCGGGAGACCCGCAGAGACCCCCCAAAAAACCCCCCAACCAAAGAGAAAGAAAAGUCCACCUGUCCAGGUCUCCAACCAGGCUCCAGAAUGUUCCUCGGCAAACCGGAGGCGGAGCUGAGCGAGCUGCGGAGGAGCGUGGAGGAGGCCAGCGGCACCCCGGAACAACUGGACGAGGAGCUGUCCAAGAAGAAACACCGGCGUAAUCGGACCACGUUCACCACCUACCAGCUUCACGAGCUGGAGAGGGCCUUUGAGAAAACCCACUACCCAGACGUCUACAGUCGGGAAGAGUUGGCCAUGAAGGUCAACCUCCCAGAAGUUCGAGUUCAGGUGUGGUUCCAGAAUCGGCGCGCCAAAUGGCGCCGUCAGGAGAAGAUGGAAGCCACCGCCAUGAAGCUUCACGACACCCCCGUGCUGUCCUUCAGCCGGCCCCCGAUGGCGGCCAACAUGGGGCCGAUCGGCAACUCUCUCCCCUUAGACCCGUGGCUGACGUCUCCCAUCUCCGGUGCCACCACAGUGCACAGCAUCUCGGGAUUGAUGGGGCCCAGCCAGGCCCUCCAGCCCACCUACCCAGGCCACCCCUUCCUCAAUAACCCCCCAUCCCUGCCCCAGAGCAUGCAACCCAUGGCGUACCAGUGUGCCACGACAUUUGUGGACAAAUAUCCCUUGGAGGAACUUGACCAGCGGAAUUCCAGCAUCGCCGCGCUGCGCAUGAAGGCGAAGGAGCACAUUCAGACCAUAGACAAAACCUGGCAGCCCAUUUGAUGGCGGGUCAGGCUGCCCUGCCAUAGCAAAAACACCGACUAGGCUGAGCCGGGACUAAAAGACUCCCUUACGAUCCCCAGUCAAGAUGUCAUGCUUAGUUUUGUCGCGCAAUCGCGCCGGUGAGCAGCCGCAGGAAAAGGGAACGCUCUCCGAUUCCUUUUGAUAGACCUCAGCUAUAAAGUGGAUUUACGCGCUUUCUUUCCCCCACCGGAUUGGUGGCAGGAGUGGGAUCUGCCGGAAAAGAAUUCCGUGCGGCAUGUUUGUCCUUGCAAAGUGCUGAAGUUAUUCUUAAAAGCAGGCGUAGAAUUCGGCAGGGAAUUUCUGCAGGCCUCGAAACUCUCUUCCAAACCAAAGGCAAAUUCUGGAGGAACCUCAGGAUUUAUUUAUUGGGUCUUUUUGUUCUUUUUCUACUGAAUACGAGCUGGGAAGGUGGAAA